UUUCAUUUCUGAGUCCGGCUGUAAGUUUCGUUUCUGUGGAAGAGCGCCACCCCUCAGCUGCCCUCUUUAAAAGGCCUGCCUGUGCUUGUUUCUUCAUACAGUGUGUACAAGAUGGAUGUGUGUACAGUUGCACUACUCGGAACCGGAGCAGUUGUCGGUGUUGCAGCAGCUCCAGCAGUGAUUUCUGGGUUGGGUUUCACAGCUGCUGGCAUCGCCGCAGGAUCCACUGCCUCGUGGAUGAUGUCUGCAGCCGCGCUCGCCAACGGUGGAGGUGUAGCAGCGGGUAGUAUCGUUGCUGUCCUGCAGUCUGCCGGGGCUGCUGGAUUGGGCAUUGCUGGCCAGGCUGCUGCGGCGGCUACAGGAGCAGCAGUGGCUGGUGGGGCUGAAUGGAUAGCCUCGACGCUUCUUGAGACUUCUCUAUGCCCCAUGUGAAUCAGGGUUUUGUUAAUUCAUAUCUAUUUUUUUAAUAGCUUUCAUCUACAUUUAGGAAAACUGUCUUAGCGCAUAAAUAAUAAAGCGGCUGCACUUACA